UCAGAUGUAAUUAAAGGGGAAGUUGCAAAACUAACGCCCAGAUAUCAAAAAUAUACAAUGAAAUCUCCCAUAAUCCAAACCUGUUUUGAAAGAACAGACAAGUUUCCAAGGAACUUCCACUUUACUUACAAAGCUAAAGAAAUCUUAUGCUAGCAUAACACUGCAGAACUGUGCAUUGACCAUAGACCUCAUCACUAAUGACGUUUAACUUAGUCAUUCUUUGCGUGACGCCUUAUCAGAAGGGGCCGAGCUUCAUUUAGUAAUAGCUGAAGACGGCACACGCUCAUGUCCGAUUGAAGCUUGGAUUUACUUAUGAUUGGAUUUAACUACGAAAGUUGUACCGCAUACAAACAGGAAGGAUUGUCUCAGCAGUGAUUUGUUUGAGGAUUCAAGCAUCCUUCAACGCUAGCUUCCUUACACCUGGCGCUGACUCCACCUUCAAACCGUAUAAAGACGAUAGAACAAGUUUCUUCCUCAAAUCGGACUCUGAACUCAGAGCCAAGGGGAUCCAAUAUCACCUACGCACAGAGGGGCUUUCUUUCCCCGACGAUGGCGUCUGCUGGCGUGGAACUCCUGGGACUGACGCUCGCCGUGGCGGGCUGGAUAGGCGUGAUGGUGGCGUGCGGCCUUCCCAUGUGGCGUGUGGCAGCCUACGUGGGUCAAAACGUGGUCAUGUCCCAGGUCAUUUGGGAGGGCUUGUGGAUGAACUGCUCAGUUCAGAGUACAGGCCAGAUGCACUGCAAGGUCCACGACUCCAUGCUGGGGCUACCGCGGGACCUCCAAGCCGCCCGCGCCUUAGUGGUGGUCUCAGUCACGCUGGGAGUCAUAGGGGUCGCAUUGGCGACAGCGGGAGCCAAAUGCACCGAUUGCAGCCAGGAUGAAAAGGGGAAACGGCGUCUAGUGUUUGUCGGUGGGCUGGUCUUGACUCUAGCGGGGAUUCUGACGCUGAUGGCGGUGUCCUGGACGGCACACGUCAUCGUGAUGGGGUUCUACGACCCGCUUCUGGAGGAGACGGGAAAACGCGACUUUGGGAAUGCACUCUACUUUGGAUGGGCCGCGUCUUGUUUGCUCAUACUAGGGGGAGCACUGCUGUGGUGCACCUGUGGCAAGAGGAAAACCCCGCAGGUGCGGAAGGUGUCCGAAUACUCGGCUGUUAGUCGGCGUGGACGCGGGAAACAAGACUAUGUGUGAUGAGUGUUACUUUUGUGACCAGCAGGGAGAGUUAUGAGCAGUGAGUGGACAUUUAAGGACCUUGGACCUGUAUUUUUGGGGUGGUGGGUGUCUUUUUGCCUAUAUAUUCGGUGUCAACAGAACGAAAAUAGAGUUGUCCGAUAAUGACUUUUUAAUUGUAAGUCCUGAUAGGAGUUUGAGUUUUUGCAGUGUUCAAAAACAAAUAUACUGUAUGAUACCUGCUUUAUUGGAGCACAUUAGGCACCAGUGCUACUUGGUGUUUUAUCAGUGAAUGACAACUGAGCUAAAAUUGACAGUCAGCUUUAUUGUGUUUUUAUUUUACACCCUCAUCACGCUAGAGCGCUGUGUUUUUAAAGAUUAAAUAAAGCCUGUAUGAAAGACACGCUAGCUGUGCACCGACAGUAGUCCUAAUUAAAAGCACGGGCUAACGUUACGUUAGCAAGGUACAGUAACGUUAAUCUUUUUUUAUUAGCGCUACAUUAACUUAAUUUGACCUUGUCCGAGUAUCGCUCCUCCGCUCUCGGAGUAAACAGGGUGCCUUCAGUGGAGCUGCAGCAUUGAAGACUUACACAAGCACUGUUUUACAGUGAAGACAUGAAACAGUGUUUGCCUAGGUGUCCAGCUUGAAAUGCUCUUACACAUUUGACAUUUUUUAUCUUUUUCUUGGUGCCUUUCUCUUCGCUUUCGUCUGCAUCUUCGUCGUUACCCCAAUAUUCAUGUGUGGUUGAAAUCAAAUAUAUCCGCCGCCUCUCCCUUCUUCCUUUACGCAAGUGCUGUCAGUGCGUUGUGCCACAGAUAAAGUAGUCCGGGCAAAAUGUCAUGCUUAGAGCUGGCAAAAUUAAAUGAUUCCUCGGAGUGGAGAAAAGGCCAAAAUCAAUUUUUAAAAUCGAGUUACUUGGAUUAUUUGAGUAAUUGUUUCAGCUCUAAUGGAAUGUAACGAAGUAAAAGUACUUCACUACUGUACUUAAGUACAUUUUGGUGUAUCUGUACUUUACUUGAGUACAAAUAUGAGGUGGUACCUUUCGCUUUUACUUCACUUCAUUUACAGCAGGUAUAUGUAUUUUUUACUCCACUACUUUUCAAAUUGUCACCUGUGUUACACAUUACUUUGGUUUGUUUUCUUUUUUUCUCAUUGUGAAUUGAUAGUUUCGUUUUCAUGCCUAGCCCAGUGCAACUAUACUGUAACUGAGCACUAGAGGCAGCAACAUGAGUACAAACAAGAUUAGGCAGGUGAACAAAAUAUUGACCAAUAAAAACCACCACACUCUUGUACAGUAGGUGGUGGUUUAAGUACAUUUUUGAAUUGGGGAAAAAAUACUUUUACUCUUUACUUGUAAAUUUUAAGGCAAGUACUUUUGUACUUUUACUUGAGUAAAUCUUGUCUUAGAUAUUUGUACUUUUACUUAAGUACUUUUUUGCACCUGUAUCUGUACUUUUACUUAAUUUUAAAAGUGAGUACUUCAUCCACCACUAACAAAAUAUUACUUUUUACUUCAUUUUCUUAAUAUGAUGCAUAAUACAUGUUUUUGGAUAGUCAUUUUGAGAAUUAGGGGUAAUUAAAGGUUUAAUUCCGAUUUAUACGAAAAUUCAAGUUACGUUGCCAGAGUAGGAACGGAACUCGUUUGUAACUCGGGGACUACCUGUAACAAGUUGGGCUACCAAAGUGACAGCGGAGUGCCCAGACAACUGAGCUAAACACCAGUAAGAAUUUGAGUUAUAUCGUUUUAAAAUCUUACAUUAGCAUGACUAAUAAUUUUUUUUUUUUUUAAUUUUUUUUUUUUUUACUGCGUAUAUAUUUACUAGCCACUGGCUAGUCUGGUUUGUAAUAGGGUCAGUUAUGCAUUUUAUCCCAAACAUGCAAUUACACCCUCAAUGGUUACCCUAAUUUUUGCUUUAUCAGAAUAAAAAUAUUGAUCCGUAUUGGGAAAUUUCUGUUACAUAAAGCAAAUAUAUGAUUGUUUCUAUACUUGCAUUUAUCUGUAUAUGCCUGUACCUGC